UCCCAUGGUGCAGCGCACGGCUCCAGUCAGGGUCGGCUCAGUGUUCGCUCUGCUCAGGUCGGGUCGGGCUGGCUCUGCUCGGUUGUGUGGUGCAGAUUCGCUUCGAGCAGAGUGUCACACAGCCGGAGAAAGAGAGGCGCAUACUGGACACACGGAGUCACCCGGCUGUGUCGCGACGGAAUAUGACGGUUCCGACCGGCCUUGCUGCAGCCGCCUCUCUUCGCAGCUACUUCCUCAGACUCUGCGCCUCUUGUUAGCGGGCCUCCCUCCCCCCAUCUCCCCAUCCCUUUCCUUUCCCUCUUUCCCCCACCUACUCCUCCCCCCAUCCCCUCCACCGCCACGCCGCCGCCGUCACACCGCCGCCAAAUGACACCCACCCCGCAGCAGAUCAAGGACCAGCUGCUCCAGGCCAUAGACAAGGAUGCCAAUAUCCGUAACAUGGUGGCGGUGCUGGAUGUGAUCUCCAGUUUGGAGAAGUAUCCCAUUACCAAAGAGGCCCUCGAGGAAACGAGGUUGGGGAAACUCAUCAAUGAUGUACGGAAGAAAACCAAGAAUGAGGAGCUUGCAAAGCGUGCCAAGAAACUGCUAAGGAGCUGGCAGAAGUUGCUGGUUGAGCCUGUUGGGCAGGUCGAGUCUGUGCCCAGAGCACUGGCCAACUCCCCUGGUUCAGCUAAUGGGGGAGCUCAUGCUUACAAGCAUGACUUGCCAUCUCUGGCCACAAGCACUUCAGUCGGGGGAGCCAAGCCUGUCCCGGAUCUGAAAAAUAAGAAUGAUGUGCACAACUCCUACUCUCUCUUUGGUGACAAGCAGGGUAUUCGGAAACGGAAAGGGGAUGGCAUGAAAGGGCCACCAUCCAAAGUCCCAAAGCCUAAUAACGAACAGCUGCAGAACUCUACACCACCGCCAUCCAAUGGAAUUCGCAGCAGUCCAGAAAACUACCCAAGUCCUCCCGAUAUGACACCUUCAAACACCCAAGCUGUUCCAGACAAAUGCAGGUCAGACCCUCAGGCACCUUAUGAAAAUGACAAGCAUAGCAAGAUACCAGUCAAUGCUGUGAAACCACAUACCAGUUCUCCAGGUCUUGUAAGAAACCCUAGCACUUCCACGUUGCUUAAGACUGCUAUUCUGCAGCAGCAUGGAAAAACCGAUGAUCCUGUGGGCCGUUAUCGACCCAGUAGCCCACGUUGUCAAUCAUUUAGCCCAAGGACUCAUAAACAGGAAGUGCCGAGCAAACUUUCUACGACAUAUGCACCCAAGGGCUCUAUAGCUAGCCCUUCUCAGAGAUUUACAGGUACGUCAGCUCAAGCAGGUACUGAUUCUGACAGGACAGCAUCCCAACUAUCCAAGAAAAAUGUUCAGAUGUCAUCUCCUGUAUUGCAGACAGCUACAACACCACCUCUGCCGCCUCAGCUAAUAAACUUACACCUACCAGAGUCGGAAAGGCUAUUAGAUCGGCUCGUAGACACACCUCGUUUGGAAACCCUUGGUGAAAACCAACUGCAACAUCAUUCUUCACCACAACAGCAGCAGGACUCGAUGUACCCCUCGCAGAGCCCCAAUUCAUCAACUUCACAUCGCGGAGAAUCCUUGCAGAAUUUUGACUUGGAUGCUAAUAUGGAAGACCUGACCCCCAGUGAAUGUGCCUCUUUUGGUCACGAUAAAAGGUCAUCCAAGAAAAAAUACAGGUCCAGAGACUAUCAGGUGAACUUAGACGGACAAUUUAUCGAUGAAAGUGUAAAACCUGUACGGUUGAAAGAGCGUAGAAUUACAUUUGACCCUGCCACUGGACAGAUCAAACCUUUAACACAGAAGGAAUCAUCUCAGGCUGAAAGCUCUGUUCCAACUGAACCCCAUCGAACCACCGAAGUGGUCCAAGAACAGAGAGUAAAUUUGCAAAGUACUUUAGAUCAAACAAACUGGAAGGAAUUAUCAAAAAAUGAAAUUAUUCAGUCUUACUUAUCGAGACAGAGCUGCCUUCUUUCAUCCUCAGGAGUGCAGCCUCCAGGAGGUCACAUUGUUGAAUUUCUACAGCAUGAAAGCCACAGGUAUAGCACUAGCACAGUGACCCGCGAGGUCCACGUAUUGGUACCUGCAGACUCUCCCUCAGAACUUCCUGGGGUCAGUAGAGAGAUCAAAGACUCGGACAUUCACCGAAUACACGAGCAACACUGGGCAGGUGUGAACGGUUGCUGGGACAACCAGGGCAAAUGGUAUGAUUGGACGCAGGGCAUAUCUUUGGACCCUCAUGGUGAUCAGGGACAACUGCACAUUCUACCAUAUGUCAGUCUGGACUGAGCAUUAGCGCCCAUUUGGCUUGCUUUAAGGUUUAAGGUCAUCUGGUGACAAACAAGUGGUUCCUACUUACUGGAAAUGAGCAAAUGUAUCAGGGUUGCAAGAUAAGGUUCUGAAGGUUCUAAUUCUCAGCCCAUCUCUGUAAGACACGCUGCCCCGCCCAACCCCAGUACCCUCUCUUCUGCAGUUUGCUGCUAUCAGUGUUUUAACCAAAAUUGCAAAGGAGGGAAAAUAGCACAGGAGGAGUGUGAGAAAGAAAAAGGAAAGAAUGGUUAGUUCUGAUGAAAACACAACUCCCCUUUGGGAUUAGGACAGGUUUUAAUGAGAGGUCAACAUGCUCAGUGAGGAACGGUUUGUCUGUGGGAGAAAGUUGAGGUUUGAUAAUGUUCCAGCACUUUACAGUUGGCUGGAUAUGGUCUGGGGGAGUUACAGGAGCUUUAUGUGACAUCAAAACUAAAUGAAUAAUGUUACCUUAAAAAGUAUGCAUCUAUUUAUUUUAUUUCACUUUUUAAAAACAAAACACUUUAAUUUGGCAGUGAGACAAACGUGCAAAAACAGCAGAUUUCUCUUAUUUGCAUCACUUUUUUUGAACGUAAUUUUUUUAACGUGAAAAAUCAUGUUAGACUGUGAAUGUUUGCACAGUACCACGUCAUACCAAACAUUCCAUAGGUCUUCACAUGCUAGUAGUAGCUAUCAUCUUCUGUUUAAACAGGGAUACAAUCGGUCUUCAUAAUUUAGGUUCAAAAUGUUUGAAAUCUAUUUUACAAUGUCAAAUAUGAGGGGUUUUUAUUCUUGCCAUCUUACUAAAUUCAAACAUCAACUACUAUAUAAUUUUGUUUUCUGCUUUGCUCUCCUCUUGUUUGGUCUCUACAAACAUCCUGACUUCCCCAAAUUUCAAAGAGGAAAAAAAAAGAGGGUGCUACUAGUUUGCAACUUUGUACUGUGACAAGUUGAUUUAAAAAAAGAAUCAAAACAUUUCAAAAGGAAUCUGUUUGUAUGCUGGAGAUAUACUUGUUACCAUUCCUUUAGAUAUUGUUUGCCUUAUGGAAUUCAUCAUACCACAACUGCAAAACAAGAAGCCUUAGUGAAUGUACAGAAAUUAGACUUCUGUGUUCUGCACAAUACAGAAGGAAUGACUUUGCUAUUUGGUCCUUUUAAGUGGACACGUUGUGAUAUAAAUGUGGAAACAAUUAAAAAAAAUUUGCACAGAAAUCUGCCCCCUUUUAUUUAGAAAAUUACUUGUAAAAUGAAAUUAUACUUGGAAAUAUUGUCUUUCAAACAGUAAACGAUGAUCAAUUUUGUGUUUAAUCCCAAAGUGGAUUCUUCCACUGGGGUCUGUUUCAAUGUAAUCAGCCAUGGAUGUGAGCAUGUUAAUUUGUUGUAGCAUUGCUGACCUGAAUUUUAGUCGCAUUGCUCCUGUUCUUGUUUCAAACUUGAAUUGAAAAGUAUCUUUCCUUAUGGUAUACUGAGAUCUGGGCAGUAGAAAAAUCCUUGAUUACAUUCAUUGUAAUUUAAAUGAUUCGGUACUAUGAUAAUGUAUUCAACCAGAGCUGGGUGGGGAAUCUAUUGAGCAGGUUACCCAGUUAAUCCUAAUAAAUGAUAUGUGUUUACUUCCAAUUACAAAGCUAACUUGGUGCGAGCAGAACAAAGUGGGGCAACAGGAACCUCUUGAAAACAUACUCUAAUGUGAUUCAAUGCCUUUCGUUUUAAUAGGGGAAAGCAAUCAAGAUAAAUGACUCGAAAUCGCUUGUUUAAGGUUGUUCAUCUCCCACUGAUAUUCUAACUGUCUUUGUCUCUUGUGCUUUUUUCUUUAUUUCUUUCCGUUUCCAAUCCUGUUGGUGUUAUCUGACUUUUUUUUAAUCUUUCGUUUAUAAAAUCAAUUUUCACAACUAUUGACAUCUUCCAGUGGGAUGUAGAAGAUGUCAGAAGGGAAGAAAUAAUUCUUCAAAUAUUAAUUGAACAGACAGAGCAGCUACAUUUGGGAUUACUUUAAUGGUAUAAUUUCUGAGUAUACUUGUCCCACGAUUGGCAUUGAAUUAUAUUAAAGCUCCAUUAUGCCCACCUCAGUUUGUCUUUUGGCAUGGGAAUACCAAUGUGAAUGUGACUCAUUACAUAUUUGUGAGGAAACAGAUUGAUACAGAGCAGCCUGAUCCAACAGUUAUAUUUUGAAAUAAAUUUACUGAGAAUUGGUAUGUAAAUUGGUAUUUCUCCAUUUAAAGGUUCAGUUUCAACAUCGAGACCCCCUUCCCAAAAACGAGUGACGUGUAUCUUGUUUUUCUUGCUGUUCUUUACCUGUCUUUAAUUAGGUUUUUGUGCAAUUUUAUUCUUGUGAUUGAUGAUGAAAGCUGGUGACUGGUUGACAAACUGGUUGGUAAUUAAAAUUACUAAUAAGCAUGUAAGGGAGUAAUUGAGAAACAAUGAAUUAACAUAAAUUCAUAUGGCACACAGGGAGAUUAUUUUAACUAUAAUCCCUAAACUAUUUUUGAAAGCUAUCCAUUUUUGUCUUGCUUGGGUGUUUUGAUAGCUCAUUCGACAGUUCACUUUCAGGCAGGGCGUUCUAUAUUUUUACAGUGCCACAUCUUCCCAAUGACCCUUUUCCCAGUUACCUAAAAUCUGCUCUGUAGUUACUAACUCUUCAGUCAGUAUAAAGAUUCUCCUGAUCAAAAUCUUCUUGUUUUUUUAAAGCCUUUAUCCUCACUUUUUCUGCUCUAAAGAAACCAAUAUUACUCAGUCCAUGUACCUUGAGAAUAAUCGCUGGUACCAUCUUGGUGAGGAUGUGUUGUAACCUCUAUUAACAAGAAUGCUAUCCAGUGCACCGUUUUAGGGGUGGUUAGUAGUUGUCGGUACUUGGGUAGUUUGGGUUGAUCUGAUUGAAAUUUUCAGUAUAUUAAGGGGAACAUGAGGCAAAUAGAGAGAAUUUUGAUUGAUAGUGUAAUGCAGCAUGGAUAGAGACCAUUUGACCAAACUCGUCCAUGUUGACCAAGGUGCCCAUUUAAGUUAGUCCCGUUCGGCUCACAUCCUCUAAACCUUGACUAUCCAUGUACCUGUCCAAAUAUGUUUUAAAUGUUGUUAUACCCACCUCAACCACUUUCUCUGACAGCUCAUUCCAUAUAUGCAACACCCUCUGUGAAGAAAUUGCCUGCGAGGUUCCCUUAAAUCUUUCCCCUCUCAAAUUAAACAUAUAUUUUCUAGUUUUUCAUUCCUCUUGACUUUGUGCACUCACUUUAUGCUACUCAUGAUUUUAUACAUCUCGAUAAGGUCGCCCCUCAGUCUUCUUGGUGCCAAGGAAUGAAAUUCUAACCUAUCCAAUUUAAUCCGUUAAUUUGGGCCCUCGAGUCCUGGCAACAUUUUCGUCAAGCCAGCUUACCAUUUGAGAUAUUAUUUAGUAAAUGAAAGUUGUAAAGUGCUACCGGUCAAUAAUUUGAUUGUGAAAUUGGGUCGCAGAUCUAAGAUCUUGAAGAACAGACUUGAGGAUCUAAAUUGUCUAUCCUAUUCCCGAUUACUAAUUUGCUCUUAAUUCUUGAUAAGAGAAAUUCAAGAGACUUUAAAUGCAAUGACAUUUUAUUUUUCCUGCUUUCCACCCGAUACCGUUGCUCUGCAUCUAAAAAAAAACUAAGCCCAUACCUUCUCUGCUUCUGAUAAAAGAUUAUUACCAUGAAAUGUGAACACUGAUUCUUUUCUGCAUCUACUAUUAAAGAUCUACUAUUAAAGUA